UCCCAUGGGUCCCCAAGCCCUUCCCCUCCACUGGCCUUUCUGGUCUCUGUUCCCACGGGGCACCAGGACCCUCCAUCCAGAGAUGCUGCUGCCACCACUGCUGCUCCUGCUGUGGGCAGGGGCCCUGGCUCUGGAUGAGAGACUCAGGUUGGAGGUGCCAGCGGCAGUGACAGUACAGGAGGGCCUGUGCGUCUCCGCGCUUUGCUCCGUCUUCUACUUCCAGUAUGGCUGGAACACCUCUACCCCGGCUUACGGCUACUGGUUCCGGGAAGGGGCCAAUAUACACCAGGACGCUCCAGUGGCCACAAAUGACCCAAGUAGAGAGGUGCAGAAGGAGACCCAGGGUCGAUUCCACCUCCUUGGGGACCCUGGGAGGAACAAUUGUUCCCUGAGCAUCACAGAUGCCAGGAGGACAGACAGCGGGUCAUACUUCUUUCGGCUGGAAAGAGGAAGGAUAAAAUUCAGUUACAAAUCCCCCCUGCUCUCUGUGCGUGUGAUGGCCCUGACCCAUAAGCCGAACAUCUCCAUCCCAGAGACUCUGGAGUGUGGCCAUUCCAGGAACCUGAGCUGCUCUGUGCCCUGGGCCUGUGAGCAGGGGAUACCCCCCAUCUUCUCCUGGAUGUCAGCUGCCCCCAUCUCCUUGGGCCCCAGAUCCACCUGCUUCUCAGUGCUCACUGUCACCCCACGGCCCCAGGACCACAGCACCAGCCUCACCUGCCAGGUGAAGUUCCCCAGAGCUGGUGUGACCACAGAGAGAACCAUCCAUCUCAACAUGUCCUCAGGUGAAUCUCCUUCUUCGCACCUUUUGGUUGGGACAUCAGGGCCCGUGGCCGAGGUGGCUCUGGUGGUCACUGGGGAAGUGGCUGUGAAGAUCUUGCUUCUCUGUGUCUGCCUCAUCUUCCUCAGAGUGAGAUCCCGCAGGAGGAACUCAGCUACAGCAGAAGAGGUUGUGGAGGACGUGUACACAGUAAUGGGUUAAUCCCUGAGCACAGGACUCCAGACUGUGCUUCCAGAUGCUUCCUUGUCUGGUUUCCACACCAUGUGAACUGCCAGGUUUCCCUCCAUUGCUGGAGAACGAGGUGCCAACCCCACUUGCUGGAUGGGAGGCCUUGCAUGGUCUGUCCGCUGCUGGACUUCCCUGGGGAUCCCUUCUCUCCCUGCCUCACCAUCUCCCACAAGCCCUGGAUCAAGCCCUUCUGUGACUCUGAGACUUUGCAUGUAUUGUUCCUUCUCCUGAAACACCCUUCCUGCCUAUUCCUCUCUCUAUAGGGCCUGACCAUCCUCAGGCUCAGUCUUCAAUGUCCAAUGUUGUGUGUGUGUAUAAUUCCUAUAGGAUAUAAAGUGGAUGGUGACAUUAAUUUAUUCAUUUAUAGACUUCAUCAGUAACUAUUAGUGAUCACCUGCUGUGUGCCAGCAGUGUUGGACACCAAGGAGUUCAUCAGUAAACAUAGCUUCAAAAAUCUGUCAUUAUAAGCUGUUAUUCUGGAGAGUAGAGUGAUAAGAAUA